AUGUGUCCUCAGAAUGGCAGUAACUUUUCGGAGGACGUGCUGAGAGAUGAGAGUUUGGCCAAGCUGGAGAUCACGCUCCUCAGUGUCAUCUUUAUCAGCGCCGCCGUCCUCAACACCUCCCUGCUGCUCGUCCUCUGGAGGCAGCGCAAACAGAUGUCCAGGAUGCGCGUCUUCGUCUUCCACCUGUGCCUGGCGGAUCUGGUGGUCGCUUUCUUCCAGGUGUGCCCGCAGCUCAUGUGGGACAUCACAGACAGAUUCGUGGGACCAGACCUGGUGUGCCGCCUGGUGAAGUACCUUCAAGUUCUCGGCAUGUUUUCAUCCACUUACAUGAUCGUGGUGAUGACAGUCGACAGAUACCAAGCUGUCUGCAACCCGAUGGUGAAAUUCCAGCGGAAAAGCACGAGGCUUAACAUCCCUGUGCUCAUGGCAUGGGGGGUUUCUCUGCUGGGCAGCUUGCCACAGGUUUUUAUUUUCUCUCAGGUCGAGGUUGCACCUGGUGUGUUUGACUGCUGGGCCAAAUUCAUCCAGCCGUGGGGGCUGCAGACUUACAUAACCUGGACCACUCUAGUCAUUUUUAUUUUACCUGUCAUUACUGUUGUUUUUUGUCAAGUGCGCAUCUGCCGAGCCAUCCAGAUCAACCUCUAUCAAAAGACUCAACAGCAGGGCAAAGUGGGUCUCCGUCUGCCAUCCAGAGCCAGCGGUGUGGCCGGAAUGUCCAAGGCCAGGGUGAAAACGCUGAAGAUGACAGUGGUUAUCGUGCUGGCUUAUAUUGUCUGCUGGGCACCCUUUUUCACUGUCCAGCUCUGGUCCGCCUGGGACACGAAUGCGCCCAAAGAAACUGCGACGUUCACAGUCCUGAUGUUGCUGGCCAGUCUGAACAGCUGCGCCAAUCCCUGCAUUUAUCUUCUGUUCAGCGGUCAGUUUCCUCAGAGGCUUGUGAAACUUCUGUGGCCGCGGCACCCCAACGGUAAAUAUUCAAUCCAUGAAGAGGCGCCGCUGGUCAGCACGUUGUACGUGAGUUUCAAAAGUGUGUACGAGUCCAAAUGA